AUGACAGCUGAAUAUACUAAACCAGUUAGAAGAAUUACUACGUCAGAAGAUCUAGACAUUUGGGUUGGAUCUUCUGCCUAUUCAACGAUAUUAGACUUUGUUCAGGAUCUUCAAGACCUGGUAGUUGGGUUAACCAACGAUGCACAAGUUGAAGUUUCUUCAUCUUCAGAAGAAUUAUUGAAUGCAUUGAACGAAAUUAAUACAAUAAUUGAAAACAAUCCCGUAGUUCAUGAGAAGGAUAUUUCACGUUUUGGAAAAAUUGAGUUUAGGGAUUUUUAUGACGAAGUUUCUAAGAAAUCAUUCGAUAUACUAAAGCCAUUAGUCAAAAAUUUGGAUAGUGAUCCUAGAAUCGAGUUGACUACUUACUUCAAUGAAAUUUGGGGCAACAGAACCAGAAUCGACUAUGGGUCGGGACAUGAACUAAACUUCAUUGCUUUCCUUGUAUGCUUACAGAAACUUAGUAUCAUCAAGCGUGAAGAUUAUCCAUGUGUUAUCUUAAAGGUCUUCACAAAAUAUAUUACUGUUAUGAGAUCGUUGCAAAAGCAAUAUUGGUUAGAACCUGCUGGUUCACAUGGAGUAUGGGGUCUUGAUGAUUAUCAUUUUCUUCCAUUUUUGUUCGGAUCUUCACAAUUAGCUACCCACCCUCAUAUGAAACCAAAGCUGAUUCACAACGAGGAAUUGGUCGAAAGUUUCUACAAACAGUAUAUGUAUCUUGAAUGUAUACAUUUUAUCAACACAAUUAAGACCAUACCUUCUAAUCAAGAUCAAAAGUUAAGUUUGAGAUGGCAUUCCCCCAUGUUGGAUGAUAUCCUGUCUGCCAAAUCGUGGUCUAAGAUAAAGGAAGGAAUGAUCAAAAUGUAUAAGGCAGAGGUUUUAGGAAAAUUACCUAUUGUUCAGCAUUUUAUGUUUGGUUCAAUCAUCCCAUGCCCUAAUGGUAUAAGCGAAUUUCACGAACAUGAUGAUGACAGUGAUUGUGGUCAUGAUCAUAGCGGAACGAUCAAUACAUGGGGAGAUUGUUGUGGUAUUAAAAUUCCGAGUGCCAUUGCAGCCUCUGAAAUGAAUAAAAUGAACAAUCCAAACAACAAGCCUAUACCAUUUGACUAG